UGUCACGAAUCAUUAAUGGAUAUGACCGCAGAUAUUGAGGCUACAGGCGCCCGUUGAUAGCGCAUCCAUGCAUCUCCUCGGUGCAAUUGACAGCCUUGGCCGACGCCAUCAUUGAGUCGAAGCUCACAUCUCCGCGCAACAUGCGCUGCUGCCCCUACACACAUUUCGCAACAUGGCGCAUGAGGAAUUCCCAGAAGUGCAGGGCGGAGGAUCGCUGAUUCUCGCCUGGCAGAUACGGAACAAGCGCGUGCUGGUUGUUGGUGGCGGCGAAGUCGCCGCAGGCCGGAUCUUGAACGUUCUCAACGCCGACGCAAAAGUCACUGUAGUCUCACCGCGGGAGGGACUGAACCCAGAAGUCGCAUACCGAAUCGAGCAGAAGCAAGUCGAAUAUUUCGAUCGCAAAUUCGAGCCCUCCGACCUCGAUGGUGCAGAUAUGGUCAUGACCGCGGUCGAUGACCCGGAGGCCUCAACACAGAUCUGGAAGCUCUGCAAAGAGCGGAGGAUAGCAGCAAACAUCGCCGAUGUGCCGCCAGAGUGUGACUUCUACUUUGGAAGUGUGCAUCGUGAUGGAUCGCUCCAGAUCAUGGUCAGCACAAACGGCAAAGGCCCAAGAUUGGCCAACAUCGUCCGGCGGCAGAUUGCUGCGAACCUCCCGCCGAACAUUGGCCAAGCCAUCUCAAGAGUAGGCAUGCUACGUCAGAAGCUGCGCAAGGUAGCGCCAGAUAUUUCCGAAGGUCCAAAACGAAUGGCAUGGAUGAUCAGGGUCAGCGACGCCUACUCGCUCGAUGAUCUAUGCUCUAUGUCCGAGAAGGAUAUGGAGCAGCUACUUGGUUACUACAAGCCCAACACUGUGCCCAGCCUCGAGCUGCUGCGACUUCAGGAGCCAGAUGGUGCCUUCGACGGACCCUUUCUCAUUUAGAACUUAUCCACAAGUGGUGUUCUAGACAAGCACAUAGAUGGACUGGGUAAGCGGGCGUUCUCGCGACUUUCUCCUGUGUAACAAAUGUACAUCUCUCUACACUCAUAUUUCAUAAUCUCAUGCGUCACGACCAAU